GGCCCGGGCCRCCCCCUCCCCACGGGGGCUCUGGGCGCCGCGUCAGUCGGGGUCGCUCGAGAAAUGAAGCAAUUGCCAGGUUGGAGAAUGUAGGGUAACAACAGAUUUCACUGCAAUGUGCCAGUGUGUGAUACAGAUCCAGCUUGUUCAGAUGAUAUACUGACAUGUUUUUACCAAGAUCUGUUAAAGUCAAGAGGACUGCUGAUGAGGACAAAAGUUGUACAGCUAAGAAAAAUAAGCUGUCUUCUGGAGACUCUGUGCUAGAGGAGACCUCUGAGUUCCAGGACUGUAAAUCAGUUGGAACAGAAACUUCUGCUUCGACAUGCAACUCGAGUGAAAUUGUACAAGAACACACAGAACCUGCAGCUGGAGACCUUGGUGUUGCUAAUACGCCAUUGGGAAAGGMCAGUCAAAAUGCUGAUGAGGAAGACUCUUUGGAAGAACCCAUAAAAUCCUUCAGCAAAUCCCAGCGCUGGCCAGAGCCUGGAGAACCUGUGUGUGUUGUGUGUGGACGCUAUGGGGAGUAUAUCUGCGAUAAAACAGACGAAGAUGUUUGUAGUUUGGAAUGUAAAGCCAAACACCUUCUGCAGACUCAGGCAAAGGAAGAGCAGCUAACAUCUGAUCAACCCACAUCUUCUCAAGCAGAAUCUCACCUGCUUAAUGCACCUUAUUUCUACAAAGAUCAUUCUUUUAUUUCAGGUUUGCAGGAUGAGCAGGUUGAGAACCUUAAACUCCAGCUGGGUAUUUCUGUCCAGGGCCAGCAAGUUCCAAGACCUAUCGUAGAGUUUGAACACUGUGGUUUUCCUGAAACUUUAAACAAUAAUUUAAAGAAUUCUGGCUAUGAAGUCCCAACUCCCAUCCAGAUGCAAAUGAUCCCUGUUGGACUAUUAGGGAGGGAUAUUUUGGCUAGUGCUGACACGGGCUCUGGAAAAACKGCAGCCUUCCUACUUCCUAUUAUUAUGAAGGUUUUGAAAGAGACAGAAACUCCAUCUGCCCUUAUUUUGGCACCAACAAGGGAGUUGGCAAUUCAGAUAGAGAGACAAGCUAAGGAGCUGAUGGUUGGGUUACCCAACAUGAGGACGGUUCUCCUGGUCGGAGGUUUGCCWCUGCCACCACAGCUGCACCGGCUCAAGCAGAGUGUGAAGCUGAUAAUAGCAACACCUGGAAGACUUCUUGAGAUUUUAAAGCAAAGUUCUGUUCAACUGCACGGCAUAAAAGUUGUAGUGGUGGAUGAAGUGGACACCAUGUUAAAAAUGGGUUUCCAGCAGCAAGUGUUGGAUAUUUUGGAAGACAUCUCUCAUGAUCAUCAAACCAUACUGGUGUCAGCCACRAUUCCAGUGGGCAUUGAGCACUUGGCAAAUCAGCUUCUGCACAAUUUUGUAAGGAUAGCAAUUGGAGAAAAGAAUGUUCCRUGUUCCAAUGUUCGGCAAAUUAUCUUGUGGGUAGAAGAACCAUCUAAAAAGAAAAARCUGUUUGAAAUACUAAAUGAUGCAAAGCUCUUCAAGCCUCCAGUUCUGGUGUUUGUGGACUGUAAACUGGGAGCAGAUCUGUUGAGUGAUGCUGUUCAUAAGAUUACAGGAUUGCAGUGCACAGCUAUGCAUUCAGAAAAAUCUCAGGUGGAAAGAACAGACAUAUUACAGGGAUUACUUCAAGAGAAGUAUGAAGUUAUAGUAAGUACUGGAGUCCUUGGACGAGGGCUUGACCUUGUCAAUGUCAAACUGGUGGURAAUUUUGAUAUGCCUUCAAGUAUGGAUGAAUAUGUACACCAGGUUGGAAGAGCAGGGAGAUUGGGUCACAAUGGAACUGCAAUUACUUUUAUCAAUAACAACAGCAAGAAGCUCUUUUGGGAUGUUGUGAAGAGAGUAGAACCCACAGGCACCAUUCUUCCCCCACAGCUGCUUAAUUCCCCAUAUCUGCAUGACCAGAAGAGAAGGGAACAACAGAGACUUAAACAACUACAGAAUAGCCUUGUAACAGGAGAUAAUAUUAUAGACAUUAUUAAAAAAAACAACAAAAAUAAUUCUCGGAGGUAAUAAAGGGGUAUUUAUAAUUAUGUAAUUACAGUGAAAGUAUGAUUAAAAGUAAACAUGAAAUGUUGUCUUGUAUAUUGCUUGUUUGAAAGAAAUUUGUACAGUUUUUAAAAAGGUCUCUUUUUAUCUCAUAUUUAUUUUGAAAUACAGGCUGUUGUGUGCUUGAAUUAUAGUAGUAGCUAGUAAAAGUACUCUGUGGUCUUUUUUCAAAACCAGCAGUCUUUGGUCUUGCUUGCAAGAAAAAAAAGUGACAGAUUAGCCUCUGAAAACCUCUGAAAAUCUUCCUGUUAGCUUAAAUAAAAUCUUCCACUGGCAAUAUUUCUCAAGUCCUCAGUUUGCUUUCUUGGGGUUUCUUAGGAACACAUAUGCAAGUUUUGUUUGUAAACAGUACUGUAAAUUUAGUUUCUCCUUUAGUGCCUGUGGACCAGUUGGAAGUUCUGCUCAASAACUGUGCAAUACCAAAAAUCAUUUAUUAGUGCAACUUCAUUGAAGAGAAAUAAGAUAAAGCCUAUAAUUUGUAUUUUUAUGUAAUGAAACAUAGUUAAUGUAUAAAUGAUCAUAGUAACUCAUUUAAGCAUAACUUGCCAUGCUCUGA